GCUGCUGCUACAGAAAUACAGGAGAGCAGAAUCUUGUCUUUUCUGUAUGUACCAUGUAUAGGAGACAUUAUAAAGGCCUUGGCCAGCUACUUGUUUAGGGACUACUGAAAAUUAUAAAUGGAGCCUGCUGAAAAAGUAAGGACAGAAAAAGUGUCACUCUUUAUGUACAUACUCCAAAAAGUUACUCCAAAAAGUUAUCUGAAAAAAACAAAUGCUAUACCUGCUAUAUCUCAUUUUCAUAGACUUAUAACAUGGUCAGUGCUGCACGAUUUGUACUUGGCUACCGUUACCCUGAAGAAGAGUAAAAACAUAGAAACAGGAAACUUUCAACCAGAAGUUUAUUUGAGAAUAAUGAAUGGAAUAUGUCCAUUGGAUCCUUUACAAAUUACUGACCUAUUGGCCGGAAAGGCAAACAACCGGUGUGAUGAAAAAAAGUUAGUUACAUACAAAACUGAUUGCAAAUCAUGCGUAGUAAGUGUUGGUGUAAACUGUACCCAUGAUUUUAAGAAAAUCACGACGGGGAGUGGAAUCAGAGGCUGCCGGUAUUUCUUGAAAAUAACAACCACUUCUCUCUCCCUUCCUGGUUGUCAACAUACCUGUGAGUCAGAAAGACUUCUUCCCAAGUGCUGCUCAGGGUUUUGGGGACCUGACUGUAUGGAAUGUCCAGGUGGAGCAUCAUCCCCAUGUAAUAACCGAGGAACGUGCUCUGAUGGGAUGGAGGGUAAUGGUGUAUGCUCUUGUCAGGAAGGAUUCGGUGGAACAGCCUGUGAAAGGUGUGCUGACAACAAGAUGUAUGGUGCUGACUGUCGCUCUGUCUGUUCUUGUGUCCAUGGAGUAUGUAACAGUGGAAUUAAUGGAGAUGGUAUAUGCUUGUGCCUUUCUGGUUAUGGUGGUCCUAGAUGUGAUCAACCUUUACCAGAAUGUGCAGCAUUGAACUGCAAAGAAAAUAUGCGAUGUGUUAGUUCAAGCACGGGAGCAAUGGAGUGUAAAUGCUUACCAGAUUUUGAAGAGAAAGGCACUCAGUGUGAACAAAUUAAUCCUUGUUUGAAGAAUGUCUGUCAUGCAGCAGCAGACUGCUUCCAUAUCGGCCCAAACCAACACAACUGUAAAUGCAAAGAAGGCUACAGUGGUGAUGGCACCUUGUGUUUACCUAUUGAUCCAUGCCAAACAAACUUUGGAAAUUGCCCCACACUAUCUUCUGUUUGCAAAUAUGAUGGUCCUGGAAAGUCUCAUUGUGAAUGUAAAGAGGGAUAUAGUAACUUUCUGCCAGGAACUGAGUGCAAGCUAGUAGAUGUGUGCGCAACCAAGAAUCCAUGCAGCAAAUAUGCUAACUGCACCACUGUUGCACCUGGGCAAAUGGAAUGCGUAUGCCAGAAGGGUUAUACUGGUGAUGGUAAGGUAUGCUAUGGAAACAUUUUGGAACGUAUGAGAGAAAUUAACAGUAAUCCAGGACAGUGGCAGGGGAAGCUUUCUACUGCUAUAAACUUGUUUGAGGAGUAUUCUUGGCCACUGACUUCAUUGGGACCCUUCACAGUUCUAGUACCUAUAAACAGAGGCAUCAAAGCAAGGGAUGUAAAGAAUCUCAAAUCAAGUAAGGAAAAUAUUCUGUACUUUAUCAAGCUUCAUAUGAUAGCUGGGCAGCUGAAUGCUGAAGAUUUCAACAGCACAGAUUUAAUUUAUACAUUGACUGGAAAAUCAGGGGAAAUUACAGCCGGUGACACGGAUAAUGAGUUGAAAAUAAGGAUUCGUGGAAGUAAGAAGAGGGGGAAAUUUUUAGAGAAAAAUAUAAUUGCCUCCAAUGGAAUCCUACAUAUCAUUGAUAAGGCUAUGGAUUUUGUGGAACCAACUCUGGAAAGCAACACUAAAGAAACAAUCAUGGAAAUACUUCAAGACAAUGGUAGAUACAAUAGAUUCAGGUUUCUGUUGGAGAAAUCUAACCUUGGGCCAGAUCUAGAAAAGGAUGGACCCUACACAGUCUUUGUACCCAACAAUGCUGCAUUGUCUGAAAUGGAUAAUGGAACACUGGACUACCUGUUAUCCAAAGAGGGCUCUAGGAAACUACUGGAGCUGUUAAGGUACCACAUUGUUUCAUCUGCUCAGCUGGAUGUUGCAAAUAUAAUCUCUUCUACUCAGAUUAUGAGUAUGGCAAAUCAGUUAAUUCAGUUUCAAACAACAAGCAAUGGACAAAUUCUAGUCAAUGGUGAAGAGGUUGAAGAAGCUGACGUUGCAGCAAAGAAUGGCCGUAUUUAUACUCUAGAUGGUGUUCUUAUUCCGCCUUCUAUACUGCCUAUUCUGCCACAUAGAUGUGAUGAGAUUAAGUAUGAGAUAAGACCUGGCUCCUGUAUUUCCUGUACUAUGGUCCUCUUCAGUAAAUGCCCAGCUGGAACUACACAAACAUCUCUUUUUAGACACAAAUGUAACUACCAAAGAUCUAUUAUGGAUAGCGACUAUACAGUGGGUGGGUGCUCAAGAUACUGUAACUUCACUGUUCAGGUGCCCACAUGUUGCAAAGGAUUUUAUGGCCCUGACUGCAGACCUUGUCCUGGUGGCUUCACUCACCCUUGUUCAGGAAAUGGAGAGUGUAUGGACGGAAUGACAGGGAAUGGGACAUGUGUCUGUGAUGAGGCAUUUACCGGCUCUAAUUGUGAGCGUUGCAUGGAUGCAGACAAGUAUGGGCCUCGCUGUGACAAAAAAUGUGGAUGUGUCCAUGGGAGAUGCAAUAACCAUAUGGAUAGUGAUGGCAGCUGUCUGGUUGGCUCCUGUAAACCAGGAUAUACAGGACAGUUCUGUGAUAGGAGGACUGUUUCUUGCGGACCACUUGUUACCUUCUGUCACGCUCACGCAGACUGUGUAUACAACAACGGCGUGCCCAGCUGUGUUUGUCAAUCAGGAUAUGAAGGAGAUGGGAUAAACUGCAGAGAAACAAAUGCCUGUAUGGUCUCUGGCAGAUCCCCCUGCAAUGCUAAUGCUGAGUGUAUACCAACAGGACCAGGAAAAUCCAAGUGUGUGUGUCGUUCAGGAUGGACGGGUGAUGGGGUAGACUGCUCAGAGGUUAAUAACUGUCUCCUCACUGACAGAGGAGGAUGCCAUCCAGAUGCGGAUUGUGUUUAUAUUGGUCCUGGCCAGAGUGACUGUGAAUGCCGGAAAGGGUUCCGAGGUGAUGGGAUUCAGUGUGAGCCAGUAAACUCUUGCCUUGGGGAGACUGAAAAGUGUCAUUUUUUGGCAACAUGUCGGAAAGUAGAAUCUGGUUUCAUGGAAUGUGUGUGUAAAGAAGGGUUUCAAGGUGAUGGAAAAGUCUGCUAUGGAAAUAUAGCAGAUGUGGUUGCGUCACUUCCCGAAGCCUCUGAAUUCUAUAAAUGUCUAAAUGAUCCCAAUAUAAAAGCUUUGCUUUCUCAAUCUACCAAUGUCACUUUGCUUGUCCCAUCUCGACGGGCAUUUGAUAACAUGAUGGAUAAGGCUUACUGGAUGAAAAAAGAGAAUGUACCUACCUUACUAAAGCAUCACAUUUUAUCAGGUAUCUACAGAUAUGAUGAUAUCAAGAACUUAUCUUCAUCUGAUGUAUUGGCUACCUCUCUUAAUCGCAAUUUUCUUAAACUUUCUAAAGAAAAUGGGAAUGUUACCAUUGAUGGUGCUAACUUUGUUGUUGGUGAUAUAGUGGCUACAAAUGGAGUUGUGCAUCUUAUUGACAAGGUCUUGACCCCUGAUCCACUUUUGGCUGGGCAGUUACCGGAUCUCAUGACCAGGCUCGAUCAGAUGCCGGAUUACUCCAUCUUCCGUGGCUAUAUCAUUGAAUAUCAUUUGUCAAAACUUAUCGAAUCUGAAGACUCCUACACAGUAUUUGCACCUCAUAAUGAUGCUAUUAACAAUUAUAUCCGUAAUAAAUAUCCAGCCUCUGUGGAUGAAGAUACAAUAAAAUAUCAUAUCCUACUGGGACAACAGCUGAUGAAGAAUGAUAUGCUUGAAGGCAUGCAUCGGCAAACAAUGCUGGGGACUUCAUUUCAACUUGCAUUUUUGAUGCAUGAUGGCCAGCUUUAUGUUAAUGAUGCUCCAAUAAACUACACCAAUGCAGCAACCGACAAAGGAGUCAUCCAUGGAAUAGGGAAAGUUUUGGAAAUUCAGAAGAACAGAUGUGACAUGAAUGAUACUACUUUUGGUCUGAGCAAAUGUGGCGACUGCACAUUAUCCCCUGUCUGUGACAAAAAUAUGCAACCUAUGGUCAGUGCAAAGAAGGCAUGUAUAUACACAAAGUACAGCUUGGGGAAGAGAUUCAUCUUCAUUGGAUGCCAGUCCAGCUGUGCUAAAACUGUGAUUACUAAAGAGUGUUGCUCAGGAUUCUUUGGUCAGCAGUGUCUAUCCUGUCCUGGGAAAGCUGGAAAUCCAUGCUUUGGAAAUGGAGUAUGCAUGGAUGGCGUUAAUGCUACUGGAGUGUGCCAGUGUGAAGAGGGAUAUACUGGAACUGCAUGUGAAACCUGUGUUAAAGGGAAAUAUGGGACGCGUUGUGAUCAAGAAUGUACUUGUGUCAAUGGAAAAUGCAAUGAAGGAAUUACCGGUGAUGGGACUUGUCAAUGUAACGUUGGCUGGAGAGGUGUUAAAUGUGACACAGCAAUCACAGAAGAUAAAUGCAAUAAAAUCUGCCACACAAGUGCAAACUGUCUUCCUAAAGAAGAUGGCCCUGCUUACUGUCAGUGCGCCUCUGGAUUUGAAGGAAAUGGCACAAUGUGCACAGCUAUUGAUGCCUGUGCAGUGAGCAAUGGGGGUUGUUCGGCAAAUGCAGAAUGUCGAAAAACAACUCCCGGAAACCGGAUGUGCAUUUGUAAGGCAGGGUACACUGGAGAUGGGAUAGUUUGUUUAGAGAUCGAUCCAUGCGUUGUGAAUAAUGGCGGGUGUGAUCAAUUCGCUGAGUGUACCAAAACUGGUCCAAACAAGUCUGUCUGUAAUUGUUUGCAAGGAUAUAGUGGAGAUGGUAAAAAGUGCAGUCCCGUCAACCCAUGCCUAACUAAAAAUGGUGGCUGUAGUGAAUUUGCCACAUGCAAUCAUACCGGUCCAGCAGAAAGAUCCUGUACUUGCAAGUCUAGCUAUAUUGGAGAUGGGAUCAUUUGUAGAGGCAACAUCUAUGAGGAAUUACGGAAAACUUUGAAGGCCUUCAAUUUCUUUUAUCUGUUACAGUCAAAUCUCAUCAAUGAGCUGUCCGGAACUGGCCCAUUUACAGUUUUUGUGCCAAGCAACGAUGCUCUGAAAAAUGAUCCUCGGGCUAAAGACUGGACAUCUAAGGGUAUGAUGGAGCAAGUUCUUUUGUAUCACAUUGUUACCUGCACACAGCUCACUAGAGAAGACCUCUCCACAGUGACAUCAGUGACAUCACUUCAGGGUGACCCCCUGAAAAUAUCAGUCUCUCAGAACACUGUUGUUUUAAAUGACGAUGCAAAAAUCAUAUCAGAUGAACAAAUGUUAGCCCUAACAAAUGGCGUUGUGCACUUUAUUGAUAAAGUUCUUGUUCCCAAGAAAAUGCAAGACAGAUCUGACAAAACAAUGGAUAAUUUAAAAAAUAUAGCAGAUACAAAUGGAUACAGUAUAAUGUACAAAUUACUUCAGGAUGCAGAUCUCAUGAAAUUGAUAGAUGAUCCAGUACAUCAGCCAGUUACUUUGUUUCUCCCAUCUGACCAAGCAAUGAAACUGUUACCUAAGAAUCAAAGUGAUUUUCUGUAUAACAAUCAGAACCAAGAUAAACUUGCGCAAUACUUAAAGUAUCACAUUAUUAGAGAUGCCAAGAUUGACGCUUACGACCUUCUCAUUAGAGGAUCAAUAAAGACACUACAGGGCUCUGAUCUCAGUGUAAAAUGUGCUGAUAAGGAUACUUCUAUUGGAGACAUUCUUCUGGAUAACAGACAGUGCCGAAUUAUCCAGAGGCAGCUUACUUUCAAUGGAGGAUUGGUAUACGGCAUUGACUGCCUGCUUGCUCCAUCUACUUUAGGGGGUCGAUGUGACUCUUUGGUAACUUUUGAUAUGAUGGGAGAUUGUGGACUGUGUUUUAACGUUCCGAAGUGUCCUGCAGGAAGCAAACCGAAGAGCCAAAAGACAAAGUGCCAGUAUGAAGUUACCUCCAGGAGAGUUAUAGAGGGCUGUCGCCAGGAGUGCACCAUGGUGCUUUGGAUGUCCCAGUGCUGCAAAGGCUACUUUGGGAGAGAUUGCCAAGCCUGUCCUGGGAGUCCCGAAAUGCCUUGUAAUAAUCAUGGGAAGUGUAAUGAUGGCUAUUCUAAAACUGGAGAAUGCACGUGCACAGAAGGAUUCAAUGGAACGGCUUGUGAGUCCUGUAUGCCCGGAAGAUAUGGACCAGGCUGCAAAUCCUGUGACUGCACAGACAAUGGUCAAUGUGAUGAAGGAAUCAGUGGAUCCGGACAAUGUACUUGUGACAACGGAUGGACUGGAAAACGCUGUGAAACAAAACUAGUGUCUCCACCUGCCUGCACGCCUCCAUGUUCUAGUAAUGCUGUGUGCAAGAAAGGGAAUGCUUGUGAAUGCAAAAAGUUUUAUGAAGGAGAUGGAAGAAUGUGUACAGUGGUGAAUCUUUGCCAGGCAAAUAACGGUGGGUGUGAUACAAAUGCCAAGUGUUCACAAAGUGGUGUUAAAGUCACCUGCAGUUGCUUGAAGGGAUACAGUGGCGAUGGAAAAGUCUGUACGGCUAUAAACCCAUGUGUUGAUGGAUAUAAUGGUGGUUGCAAUGAACACGCUAUAUGCACUAUGACUGGACCAAAUAAAAGGAAAUGUGAAUGUAAGGACCAAUACAUAGGUGAUGGUGUGGACUGUGAAUUAAAGACUCUGCCCAUUGACCGAUGUCUGCAGGAUAAUGGGCAGUGCCACUCAGAUGCAAUAUGUGCUGACUUACACUUUCAAGAUGCUACAGUGGGAGUGUUUCACUUACGAUCUCCGAAAGGCCAAUAUAAGUACAAUUACAGUGAGGCUAUCCAAGCCUGCAAAGAUCAAGAUGCCACCGUGGCUACAUACAACCAACUGCUUUAUGCUCAAAAGGCCAAUUACCAUCUGUGUUCUACGGGAUGGCUGGAAAAAGCAAGGCUGGGAUAUCCAACAGCAUAUUCAAGCCCUAACUGUGGAUCUGGAUAUGUAGGGAUCGUGGACUAUGGCGUUCGCGUUAACCUGUCUGAGACAUGGGAUGUCUUCUGUUUUAGAACUAAAGAUGUACAAUGUACCUGCAAGCCGGGCUAUAUAGGAGAUGGCUACACCUGCAAUGGAAACCUGCUCCAAGUCCUCAUGUCUUUACCUGAAUUUUCAAGUUUUGUAAUGGAAAUCUUACGAUAUUCCAAUAGUUCAGCAAAAGGCAAAGAAUUUAUCAGUUAUCUUACUAACUUAACCAUACAAGCUACCCUUUUUGCACCUAGGAAUGACGGCAUUAAUGAAAAUGUGACAUUCUCUGGUCGUGACAUUGAGUACCACAUUGCUAAUGCCAGCAUGGUGUUCUUUAAUGAACUUACCAAUGGAACGUUUCUCCAGACCAGGAUAGGCAACCAGCUACUUGUUUCUUUUGAAGAGACCUCCUCAGAUGCACAAAACACGAACCAAAUCCGAUAUGUCGGUGGAAAACGUAUAAUGCAGGCGGACUACAUUGCUUCAAAUGGAGUGAUACACAUGAUAUCUGAGCCCCUGAAAGCUCCUCCUGAGCCAAUAGUUCUACAUGCUGGGCACGGAGCAGGAAUAUUCUUUGGCAUUGUCUUCGUCAUUGGAUUGGUGGCACUUGCCAUAUUCGCAUAUAAGAAGUUUAGCAGAAAAGACUUUCAGUUUCAGCAGUUUCAUGAGUAUGAUGAAAAGGAAACUGUGUCCGAUUUUAACAUAGCUCCAUCUUCAAACAUUGCAAAUCCCAUGUAUGACAGCAUUGAAACUGCCAACCCCCCCUCUGAACCAUCAAUAGAACCAACGUUUCAUCCAUUUUCUGACUCUGAUGAUCAGCAGCUAGUGAAUUUCGGUGGCCAAAACAAAUGAUGGUAAAUAAUUCAGUGUUAUCAGAUUAUGGCUGUAACAGCAGUCACCCACCCGAGAUGGAACAGACAUUACUGUAUGCAAUCUCCAGCUGUUAUUGGCCUUGUCCAAGACUUUUUUGCCAGUAUGAAGCAGAAGGUAUCAGACUAUAUGGCUUUCCAUUAGAAUGUACAGUUUUCCUGCCUGCAGAGAUUAAUGAGGCCAGGCUUUGGGGCAGUUCCAUACUUUUUAUGGCUUUUACUGUGAACCUGUAAAUAAAAACAUUAAUUCGGUGUGA